UGAACGGUGAUUUUCGAGAAUGUAAUUAGUGUAGUUGAGUGAAUCUUCCCUGUGUUUCAGAUAUGUGUUCCCGUGUUUGACAACAAACAAAGCUUUUUUUAGCGAAAACAAACUCUUUGGCAUGCUUUCAUCACUACACAGGCUUAUAGAAUUUCAAAGGAGCUAAGGGGUUAUUUGUCUAUAUAAUAACACGUCGGAAACCAAUGUAAAAUAUGCAGCUGUAAUAUUGUAGCCACCUAAGUGUACAUAAAGCUUUCUUGCAAAUGUGAAAUUUUGGAUUUUGGGGUGGAACUGAGAAAAUUAAUAUAUUACUCAUUUAAGAGUGCAAGAUCUCGCUCUGGCAUGUUGGUUGCUUGAAUGACAUCUCUUGAAAUUGCCGACUUAACAGGAGUUUAUAUAGCUUUAGAAUUAUAGGGUAUGGAACGAGAACAGGAGACCGAAACGCUGGGUUGUAAAGUUUUCUGUAUUGAUGGUACAACAAGCCUUGUACUGUGAAAGAAACACGAAGAUACACCGACUUUAGAAAGGCCUGGACAAUACAAGAAGAUACCCUAGGCUAGGUGAUACACAGAUAUUCAGAGGUAAAGCUCCCACGCAAUCCGCAUAAACCUUGAUAAACCAUGGAAAACUCUACGCUAGGAAAUUCUUCAACAUGGACGAACACCACUGAUUCUUCGGAACAGAAAAGCAGCCUUCAAAGAGGACUGUACGCCAUGGUACUCAUCGUAGUCAUGAUUCUGAUCAUUGUUGGGAAUACCCUUGUACUGCUAGUAUUAUACCGACAAAGACUACAACAUAACCUACGAGUAACCAACAUUUUCUUGGCGAAUCUAGCGGUGAUGGAUUUAUGUAUUGGAUUUCUAAUGUUUCCCUUCUCGGUGACGACUGUUUUGAGGGGGGCUUGGGUAUUCGGAGAUGGGGUUUGCCAGAUGAAUGGAUUUACCAACAUGGCUGGAGGAACUUGUACGAUCUUGACGAUGGCAGUUAUUAGUGUUGAUAGGUACCGCGCCAUAGUGUCCGGUCCGGGCCACAAGCUCCAGGUCCGUCACGCCCUCCCCCUGAUGACCGGGGUGUGGCUAUGGGGCAUCGUGGUGGGGCUCCUUCCUAUCCUGGGAUGGAACGAAUACGUGUUCGCCUACGGCUCUAUUUGUAAGAUGUCAUUCAAAAAGGAUCCUGGGUACAUCAUGUUCGCUGCGGUCACGUGUUUUGUGAUACCGUUCAUCAUUAUGUUUUACUGCUACUUGCGAGUAUUUAUUAAGGUGCGUAACCACCGGAAGUUGAUGCAGCGGAAGUGGAACCGUGCGAGUGCCAAGAACCGGGAGUCUCAUCACAUGCGCAGUGAGACCCGAACCGCCAAGAUAGUCUUCUCGGUGCUGUUCGUGUUUUCUGUGGCGUGGACCCCUUACGUCAUCGUACACCUUUUACAAGCAUCACCGGAAAUCACGCUACCAACAAAUGUCACGACAUUUGUCACACUAUUCGCCGCAAUGCAUUCCUUUUACAAUCCCAUCAUUUACGUUACUAUGAACCGGAAGUUUAGAUCCGAUUUGUAUAAAUUAUUUCCGGUGUUGCGACGAGUAGGGAAGUGUUGCGGCGUGUGUUGUUGCUGCUGUCGCAGGCGAUAUACUGGUAACAGAGUGGAUAGCUUCAGAGAGGCGUCGUCAAGUAGUGCCACACUCCAGCCUGCCCCUAAGCCGAGAAUUUCACUGGUGUUGCACUCGAUUGAGGAGGAUGGAGGAAAGCCUUUUGAGGAGGGGAAAGGAGACGCGGCCAACGCCCAUGACAAUCUUGCUGUUACGAGCGAAAAUGCAUCAAAAGAAGAAAACAAGAAAUACGAGUUUGCUAAGGAAGAAAACCAGGAAAACUCUUAGAGUAUUAUUCUCCAGGUUCUCCCGCCAUAGCAAACAUAUGACUCGUUCAGCGUUUGCGUGACUUCUAACGCCAUGUAAUAAGCUCUUCACGAGACUUCGAUAACUGUUUGCGCAGUUACUCGCGUCACACUAAAAACAAAUUUACCAACGAUCUCGCGUCGAGACUGGUACAAAUGAAAGGCACGCCACUUCUCGCAUGCCGUUGUGUAGCAAAACAACUUUUGCAUUAGGGUUUUCCGAUUAAGCGGAAGUUCCUAAUGGUUCUGGAAGUAGUAGUCCCGCUAUUGUUCCCUUUUCAAUGGCCAUCGUCUGAACCAGCUCCUUACUAUUCCCAGAGGGAUGGAGAUGCUUGCGCAAAAAUGAAAAACAAGGUCGCGCGUGCAACGUUUAAGAUUAGCUUGACCUUGAGCGAGAUGGCGGUGUGUGGGCACAGGCUCCCCGCCCUAUGCGCAUAAACGCUCAUAUGGAGAUCGGCAAUGCAUUUGCGCGCGCCUUUUUUGUACAUCUGAGUGAGACAAAUGCAUGAAUAUAGGGAAGAAUGGUAUUUUUAUGUCUUUGAAGUCGCAUUUUUACCUCAAAACAGCUUUUAUAUAAAAGGCGCGUGCGCAUGCAUUGCCGAUCUCCAUAUGAGCGUUCAUGCGCAUAGAGUGGGGAGCCUGUGGUGUGGGUUUCUUUCGAAUCGCAGACGUAGGUUUAUCAGAGAAAUUGCUGUAGACCCUCUUGACAGUUAUGCUUGUCGUACAUCAGAGAGAUUCUCGUUGCUUUUGAUUACGAGAUCGAGAACUUUCAUUUUUAAGUUUGGAUCGCUUGAAACAUAGGCCCAAACACCGAGAAUUCGAGACGAAGUAAUUUAGGCAAAAUUCGAGAAACGAGAUGCAAACGUGGCGAGUUCAUUGUUUUUUUUAUGGACCUUUCGUCUUUUUUGCCACUCGACUGUACUUGAGCAUAUGGUAGCCUGACUCAGGCCCGUUUCCAGGGGGGUGCAGGGGGUGCGAAUCCCCCCCAACACACACACAUUGGCCAAAAGUCUUUUUUUGGUUCUCAAUAGACGUGUUAUUUGUAUACAAAAGUAAUAAUCAUAAGCUCUGGUAUGUAGCCAAAUCCGACAAUAAACGUCCUGAAAACGGCUGAAAAGGCGUAAAAAAUCCUUUUUUGUUCUUUCGGAUGUGGUUAGAUUUUUAUCAGAGAACUGUCUCCCUCCCCCUCCCCCCAGAAAAAUAAGGUCCACCUUUUCGGCUUUCGCACCCCCCACCCCCCCCCCCCCCCCAAAGAAAAAUCCUGGGUACGGGCCUUUGACUGCAGGCGGUUUGCAUCUUGUAUUUGCAGCGGCCACUGAUCGGUAGAUUACGAGUGCGCUUUUGUUUGCCUUUUAUGAGGCUCAGGAACCCAAGAAAUGUGCGGUUUUUCCGCGCGAUAAAACAUGCGUCUGACCUGGUCUGACAAAAAUUAUACGAAAAUAGUUUUUUUUUCGUAGAUGAGUAUGUUUUUUUGUUUAUAAUCAAUAAAAGAUAUAACGGAUGCUCGAAAAAA